AUGGCACUCACCACCAUUCAAAGCACUCACUCACAGUGCUGGGUAUCUUCAUGGGACCGCGUCGACAUGGGCAACUACAGGGAGUGCAUGUCCGAGGGCGGAUUGCUCACCUCAUCGCAGGACAUCCAGGGAAAGUACUGAUUCAUGGAGCUGCCGGUCGCCAAGUGGUUGGGCUUCAAUUCGGAGCUGCUGAAGGAGAUCAGCAUAAGAACUGUGUGCCUGCCCUCCUCCUGCUCGGCGAGCAACAUGGAGCUGUACCUAAAGCAACUGCUCAAGCGGCUGCUUGGCGUCAGUGAUGUGACCAACUUGUUUUCCAUCAGCAAGUCAUCGUGCCGAACCAAGGAUAAAGCACCCUGGGAUGGGCUCACCAUAUUCACAGUCGUUCUACUGUCCGUAUUCGGCGCCACGGUGAUCCUGUGCACCCUCUACGACUACUUCUUGUGCCCGGAGCAGGAAAAGCUGCCCCGUCCCAUCAGGGCCUUCUCAGCCCGUGCCACUUCGCGCUCGCUGUUCACCAUCGUGGAGAACUCGGCGAAUCCGAAUGUGAUCCACUGCCUCAAUGGCAUGCGGUGCAUGUCCCUGAUCUGGGUGUUCUUCAGCCAUGAGUACAUUGGCAACAUGAAGGGUCCUUCCAUGAAUCCAGUGGACAACCUGAUAUGGGCGUCGCAGCUCUUCUCGAGCUUCAUACUCUACGGCACCUUGUCGGUGGACACGUUCUUCUUCAUCGCUGGCUUGCUGCUGGUUUCAAUUGGCCUGCGAAGCAUGGAAAAGAACAAGGGAAAGCUGAAUGUGCCGCUGAUGUAUCUGCACCGAUAUCUGCGCCUUACCCCGGUCGUGGCCCUUGCCAUACUGUUUUUCUACAAGAUGAUACCCCUCUUCGCCGACGGUCCAAUGUAUGAUGACAUCGGCUUCUUCGAAUACUCCGCGUGCAAGAAGACCUGGUAUUGGACCCUUCUCUACGUGCAGAACUACGCAACUUCCGAUGUGUGCGUGCCGCAUACCUGGUACUUGGCGGUGGACAUGCAACUGUACCCGUCCCCGAUCCUGCUGAUCGCCCUCUACAAGUGGGGCAAGAAGGCGGCCGGUGGUAUCCUGGUGGUCACUUUGUUGCUCUCGGCCUGCCUGUUUUCCACCAUAAUGGUGAAUGACUUCACUGUGAUGUUGCAUCUUAUCCGCGGCCGGAGAUUCAAGCUCAGCCCCCUGGCUGUCUGGGCAGGCUGGCUGCUCAGCCUGGCCCUGCUCUUCACUUCGAUCUUCGCCUUGUAUCCGUACUCGAAGCUGCUGGGCAAAUCGCCCACGAUAUUGGAAGGAGCCCUCUACUACACACUGGUCCGGAUCGCCUGGCCCCUCGGUCUCUGCUGGGUGGUCUUUGCGUGCAUGCAGGGCUAUGGAAGUCUGGCCAACAGCUUCCUCUCCUCACCACUUUGGCAGCCGCUGUCCAAGCUCUCCUACGGCGCCUACAUGUGGCACAUCUUCGUCAUGGAAGUCGCCAACAGAAGCGUUCAGACCAAUACGUACUUCUCCAACUAUCAAAUGAUGCUCAACUUCUGGUCCACCUUUGGCUUCACCCUGCUGGUGACCUACGUGCUCUACGUUUUAAUUGAGGCGCCUCUGGAGGCCUUGGAAAGAAUGAUGUUUCCCAAUCGC